AUGAGUUCGCUACAGAGGAAUCUAGGACUAUGGACGACAAUCAGGAAUUUAUCAUCUAGAAGCUCACUUGUGGCUCCAAGUAUUGCAAACUCAAUCCAUUUGGAAGAUCCAAAGAUAAAUCAUUCCCCAGAGAAGGCAAUCCUUAGGAAAUGGUUACCAAAAAGAUGUGGGGCCAUUACACAAAAAAAGGUAAUGAUGCCUUAUUUUGAUCCAGCUACUGGUAAUAGAAUUGCUGCAACUGUUCUGCAAUUCAAUAAUGUGGAAGUCAUGAUGCACAAGACGGUGAAAGAUCAUGGCUAUUUUGCUAACCAAGUAGGGUUUGGUGAUAAAAAUCCUAAAAAGAUUUCAAGACAAAUGUUAGGUCAUUUCGCAAAGACUGUAGUCAAUCCUAAGGAUAGAGUUGCUGAAUUUAGAGUAAAAGAUGAAUCUGGUUUACUACCUUUGAAUACAUUGAUUAAACCAUCGUUUUUUACGCCAGGGCAGUAUAUAGAUAUUAAGUCCGUGAGUAAAGGUAAAGGUUUUGCCGGUGUUAUGAAACGUCAUCAUUUUAAAGGUCUAAGAGCUUCACAUGGUACAUCAAUCAUGCAUAGACAUGGUGGUUCCUUUGGUCAAAAUCAAGAUCCUGGUAGAGUUCUACCGGGGAAAAAAAUGCCUGGUCGCAUGGGUGGUAAAAACACUACUAUUCAAAAUUCACAAGUACUAAAAAUCGAUGAUGAAAACAAUGUUCUGUUAGUCAAAGGUCCUGUCUCUGGUCCUAAAGGCAGUUAUGUAAAAAUCCAAGAUGCUAUUAAAAAGCCACCAACCAUUUAA